CUCGACUUUGAACUUUAAGGCGACUGACUAAGUAAUUUCUACGUUCUACCCUCACCAAGUCACCAACCAAAUAUGAAUAUCUGCUUUCGUCAAAUACUGUGGUAAAGGAAGGAACAACAGAUUUUCAAACCCUUGUAUUGUUCACAGCAUGAUGAACAUAUCAUUGGCACAGGAGAAAGCCGCAGAAAUGUGGAAUUUUCAUUUGUUUAGAGUGCAAGCCCAUCUAUUUCGGAUGCCAAAUUUCAGAUGAUUUCUUUUCAAGAUCGUUAAUCUGUCUUUCGAACAGAAAACGUUAAUCGAUUAUUUUGAUCUUGCUUUCGCCCAUGGAAUUUGCGUAUCACUCAAAGUUUUACGCUCUUGAUAUGUUAGUUGUUGCGCAGGAAAUUGGGCACAUAUUCAUUCUUACAUGUACGCCGGAAUCAAUUCUUGUUGCUAACAGCGACUGCAGUGGUGACAAAAAAGAACCAAGAGUUUUGGACACGUCCAGCAACUUAGAGACUGGAAAAGAGAUGGCUAUGACUUGUGAGAAUUCAGAAGCUGAUGUGGUGGUUCCUAGAGGUCAACGGGGCAUCACAUGUUCCAUUUGUAGUGGAAAGCAUGGCGGAGGAACGCUGCUGGACAACAUGGAAGUGGCAGCACUAAAAAGGAAGGGUAAGAGAUUGGAGGAUUGAAAAGACCAGCAUUGAAGAAAUUUGAGGCAGAAAGGUCACCCCUGGUAGAGGGCUGCCCUUAUUGCGUCAGAGGAUCCGAAGCCUGGUUUUAUCCACACCACCAUCAAUAAUAUGUGGUAGAGUUUUUAGCCUUUUGGCUGAGUUUGUCAGGAACAUAAACUGUUUUUCUUGACAACUAAUAAGUUCUUUUCCCGUACCUGAGUUUGCAAGUGAUUUACUUAGUCAAAUGGAAUUAAUGGCAAGAAUUUUUU